CAGUCUCGAGACCGCACCUGGACUGACCAUUACUGAUCAGCUGAAUGAGUGCAAUAUACUUUUUAGUUGUACAAAUUGAAUAUUUUUUUCGACACUAUUGUGCACUAUUUUUUUUUCUCUUGGAACUUUCUUGAAGCUAUCAUUGUCUUUCUAUUUUUUUCUUCUUAUUUUUUUUUAUUAAUUUAAACAAAAAAAAACAAAAACAAAUAUGUGGACUUUUUUGGGUAUCGCAAGCCUCACAUAUGUCUACAAAAAAUGCGACGUCUUGUUGUUUUGGGCUCGCAGAGAGCUGCUGAUCGCUGCAAUGGCUUUCCUCAUAGUGGGGGCAAUCCUCACCUUCCACAGGUACUGGGGUCAGAAAACAGCGCAAAUAUUACAGUUACCCCUGGAAAUCUUAUCCAUUCUGCCCUUCAGUGAUAAAAUCAUCCACAAGUCAGGCAGCUGUCAAAGGAACAAGGCAGCAGGGGCAAACAAAAAGGGAGUGUCCAGGAGGAAGCGAGUAAGAUCCAAAGAAGACCUGACCACAGAAAGUACCUCAGAGAGUGCAUUCUCUACUGACCCGGAGCCUGACGUCAUCAUCGUGGGUGGUGGUGUGCUGGGUUGUGCCAUGGCGGCCGUGUUGGCGCGAGAUGGCCGGAAGGUUACCGUGGUGGAGAGAGAUCUGUCAGAACCGGACAGAAUUGUGGGAGAACUUUUGCAGCCAGGUGGCUUCCGUGCACUCAAAGAGCUGGGGCUGGAGGAGGCAGCAGAGGGUCUGGAUGCUCAUGUGGUCCGUGGGUAUGUAAUCCAUGACAAAGAAACUCUCUCAGAGGUGGAGAUCCCUUACCCACAAGACGAGUGUGGCGUCCAGUGCGGCCGAGCUUUCCACCACGGUCGCUUUAUCAUGGGCCUGCGACGUGCUGCUCGUAAAGAACCCAAUGUGCAGUUUGUGGAGGGGACAGUAACCAGUCUGCAGGAGGAGGAUAGCUGUGUGACGGGAGUUCAGUAUCGUGAGAAGGACUCUGGGAAAAUCAAGGAGAUCUCUGCUCCUUUGACGGUAGUCGCUGAUGGCUGUUUUUCCAAAUUUCGUAAGAGCCUCAUAUCUGGAAAAGCAAAAGUCUCCUCACAUUUCGUUGGCUGCUUAAUGAAGGACUGUCCUCAGUUUAAACCCAAUCACGCAGAGCUGGUCCUGGCAAACCCCAGUCCAAUCCUGAUCUACCAGAUCUCCUCCACUGAGACCAGAAUUUUGGUGGACAUCAGGGGAGAGAUGCCCCGAGACCUGUCAGGAUACAUGGUGGAGAAGAUUCAUCCUCAGCUACCAAGCCAUAUACAGGAACCAUUUUUGCUCGCGCUGCAGAAUGACCGUCUCAGGACGAUGCCCGCCAGCUUCCUGCCACCUUCACCAGUUAACAAACCAGGGGUUCUGCUUCUGGGAGACGCCUACAACAUGAGGCAUCCUCUGACCGGAGGGGGGAUGAGUGUAGUGCUUAACGACAUCCGCAUCUGGAGAGAGCUGCUCAAGAACAUUCCAGAUCUGUAUGAUGACAAAGCCAUGCUUCAGGCAAAGAAGACAUUCUACUGGGAACGCAGGUCCUCACACUCGUUUGUGGUGAACGUGCUGGCUCAAGCUCUUUAUGAGCUGUUUGCAGCAACAGACUGUUGUCUGAACCAGUUGAAAAGAGCCUGCUUCCACUACUUCAAACUGGGUGGAGAAUGUGUCAAUGGACCAAUAGGUCUGCUGUCUGUGUUAACGCCAAAGCCCAUGACUCUGAUUGGUCACUUCUUCGCUGUGUGCCUGUACGCCAUAUACUUCUGCUUCAAGUCAGAGUCGUGGCUGAUGAAACCAAGGGCCUUGGUGAACAGCGGAACCAUUCUGUACCGUGCCUGCGCCAUUUUAUUUCCCCUGGUCUAUUCAGAGCUGAAGUACCUGGUGUAUUGAGAUACACUAAGUGUCACGUGACCAGCAUAAAGACUGCAAUCAUUUACACGGGAAGGCACUUAAACAGCACGGAGAUCUCCACGAAACGGAACCAGCCGUGCCUUUCAGCAUCACGCAUAUCUACAUAUCUAAACCUCAAAUCUGUUUAUUCAUUAUGGUACAGUGUAAAGAGCUUGUAUCAUACACUGACAAUGAGAUGAUUGACUUUAAAAAACUCUGAGUGACAUUCGGGGUGGAUUUGUCACUGUUUCUUCUAAAAAAGCAGAAGCAAAUUGGUUUUAAACUAAUGCUCUGCUGCAUCUGUGGAAUUCUUCAUCUAAAGAAAGUAAUUGAUGACUCUUUUGUAUCAAAACUGAAACACUCACUGUUUUUGUAUGUGCCAUCAACCCUGCAUUUCCUCCUCUGAUAUUA